AUGAAUUUUUAUAACGUGAACAAGUUUAAUAACUUGGUUAAUACUUUUUCAGGGAAUUGUCUCCCUGUGACUACGAAUAAUCAGGAUUAUACUAUUUCUAAAAAUGUAUACAGAUAUUACUUGAUGUGUUUGUUAACUGCGUUCAUUUGGUCAUUGAUACCAUUGAUCAGUAUUUUAGAAAAAGAUGAAUUUACGAGUGAAGAUUUUUCAGUACCUAUUAACUUUUUUUCACUUCUUGAUGGCAAAGUAAACGUUACUGUUUUUAUUAUUGUCAUUUUUUUUGAAAGUAUAGCUCAUAUUUAUCUUGUUGCUAAAAAAGCUGCAAUUAAUCUUUACCUUAUUCACUUUGUGAAAAUUUCAACAGCUAAUUAUUUAUUUAUAAGACAUCAAUUAGCUGAAGUUUUUCAUACUUCAAGUGAAACUGAAUUGAUGGAAAAACUGAAAAUAAUUUUGGACCAGCAGAGACUUAUAAUUCAAGUUACUAAAGAAUUUCCUACAUUAUUUUCUCCAAAUAUUAUUGCAACUUAUUUGCAUUCUACUGUGGAACUGUGUUCAGCUGCCUUUAUGAUGGUAACAGCUUCAGGGAAUAUCUUUGAACAAUUUCUAAUAUUAUUAUAUACAAGUGGAGUAGUUAUAGAGAUUUAUCUAGUUUGUUAUAGUAUUGAACUAUUAAAAAGAGCUUGUUUAUCAAUUGUUGAUGAAGCUUUCCAUGAACCGUGGUAUGACCAGAAACUUUAUUUGCAAAAAAUGUUUAUGAUGAUUGUUUUUACCAGUCUAAUACAGUGUCGAUUAUCAACAUUCAAGACAUUCGAGUUGUCACUACCGGUUUUCAAAGUAAUUUUAUCUAAUGCCUACUCCGUUUGUUUACUUCUUUUAGAAGUACAGUAAAUAUUUACGACGAAUCAG